CCUCUCUGCAGCGCUCUAUUUGAAGACGCAGUGCGGGGAAGGGUUUAUCGGUAACACUUGCUUUAUAAUAUAGAUACAGGUUAUAUAUGGAACGCGGCCGUGGGAAGCACCGGAGGGGAGGUGGCGGGGCCCGGAGGAGGCCCGGUGGGGAUAGAUGGGACAGAGGAGGCGGAACAGACAGGGAGUCAGCGAACGUGGCACGUGGAAGGAGAAGAGAGCUCGAGACACCUCAAAAGGAUGUGGAAGGCACAGAAACUCAAGAAGAGAAGGUUUCAGUAGGUUUCUCUAAAAGAAAAAUUCUUUCUAACUGGGAUCGCUAUGCAGAGACUGAGAAAGAACCUGAAGACAAAGUGUUGCAAAGAGGUGCAGAUUACAGUGUCCUCCUAGGAUCAGCAGGAGAUUCGUUCACACAGUUUCGCUUUGCAGAUGAGAGAGAUUGGGAUGUGGACAAGACCAGCAAUAAACCGGCAGUAAUUUCUUUUGACUCUCAGUAUCUUUUGCGGGCCCUGCAGGAACUACCACUGCAUCUCCGUCUGAAUGUGGAAGCUGACCUAGUUCAGGAAGAAUUGCCUCAAGAGCUUCCUCAGUACAAACCAAUGGACAUUAAAAGUCUGCCUCCCACUCUUAAUAAACUGCCAGCCACUGGACCAUCUGAGAGCCUUGUACCUGCAAAAGUCUCACAAGAUGCUCCUCUACCAACACUGGAUGAGGAAUUGGACUUUCUGCUCAGUUUAGAUGCUCCUGUUAGAGAAGAAGCCAUCAGCACAAAAACACCUUCUGGGAAUGAGGAAAAUAAAGUGGAGGUGAUGAGUGAAGACGAGGUACCCCCUCCUGUGCCAGACAAUAUAUGUAUGUCUGCUGAAGAAACGCAGAAGACGGUGACUCCAGACGACCUUGAAGAUUGGCUAGAUAGUAUGAUUUCUUAAUCCCAUAUAUAGAGCUAAUGUCAAGGAGUGCUGGUGAGAAUUAGUUCUUCUUCCUCUGAUAUGUGUAAUAGUUAUUAACAUUCAAUAUUGUUCAAUUAAAAUGAUACAAACUGAACAAA